CACGACUUAUCAUCUUUCUCAAAGUGAAAGUAGGAAAAACAGAAAACGUACAACGGUACAUUAUGAUUAUUAUAAACUGCGUUCUACAAACAAGUGACAUGACAAAUGUGAAAUAAGGCAGGCUGAACGCAUAAUAAUACUAGUGUAAAAAUGGGAGUAAGGGGAUUAUUAUCCCACUGCUUGCAGAGGAGAGAUGAAUGUGUUGAAGAGAUAGAUUUAGUAUCUUUAGCAAGAAACGAAGGUGGCAUUGAAAUUCUUGUGGACUUUUACUCCUUUGAACACAUGGUUCUUCCUAAAUUCUGGAAGGGAUUAAGCAACCUUAGAUACAAUGACUAUCUGAGAAUACUCGGAGGUGAAUAUGGAUCAAUCGAAACAUUUAUUAGAAGAUUUGUUGAAAUUUUCAAGCAGUUAAAGAUCUCUUUUGUGUUCUUCUUGGAUGCUACAAAAGGCUGUUCAGAUGCCAAUACACAGCAGAAGCUAGACACCUGGAUGAAGAGACAUAACAAAGACGUCGACAGUUUGAAUGAAGUAAUAAAUGUGUGCCGAGGAACAACAGAUAUAUCAAAAUUAGAAGAACAAAUGUUCAUCAGACCUGUUUGUUUAGAAGUGCAGGUUGUUGAAACAUUAAAAUCCUGUGGAUGUGAAUUAAUUCAAAGUGUGACGGGGGAAGCAGACUUCAUGAUUGCAAAAGCUCUGCAUGACCGCGAAAAGGCUUUUGCCGUAUGGAGUAAUGAUUCAGAUUUUUGUAUUUUCAGUAACUGCAGAUUUAUUCCCAAUGAAUUGUUCGAUAUUAACAACAGCCUUCAGUUAGGCCUUCCGAUUGAUGUUCCAAUGAAACCUGAGUCGCUUAUGUGUGGAAUAAUCUCUACUGAAAAAGUCAUGAACACAUUUGGGUUUCAGAGUCACCAUCUUAUGAUAGAACUGAGUAUCAUUACUGGGAAUGAUUUCACCUCUCAGUAUGUCACAAAUGGUUUGAAUGGACAGAUUGACAUCCGAGGGAGAAAGUGUGUGGAGACAUUUGCAGAGUGGGUGAACCGUUAUGACAGGAUAGAAAACCACCAACGGUUAUCUAAGGAAAUGUCUUACAAUUUCGCCUUCAGCAGAGCUGUGGAACAUUCCAGACUGUUUUACAGCCUGCAGGCUAGUCCAGAGGAACUGGUUAACAAAGGAUACUAUUCUAAACUCCUGGCAGAGAAAAUUUCUUCACUAAAAUACCCCUCCAAUUUCAUGGGCAUGCACAACAAUUUUUACUGGCACCGCAUGCUGCAGGAGGAUGCUAGUUAUGGCCAGCCCUGUGCUGAAGUGGCACUUGCAGAACUUAGAGCCCAUGUUUACAGAAUAGUCCUUCCACGUCAAGAAAACCUGGUCAAUGAAUAUGGCCGCAGUCCAUGGGAGCCAAUGAGGAUUGCAGGGGUUUUGGCAAAGGAUGACCCAGAACUUCCAAUUCUUCACAAAAUUCAGGAAGAUAAGAUAUUCUGGAACCUCAACAGCUUUCAUCACAUCAUGUCACACCUGGAGCCAGGACAAAAGACCAAAUGGUUUGACCGCUAUGGUAGAAAGAAUGGCUUCAUUGUGUACUGUCUGAGGUACUUCCUGUUAUUAAACUGGGGGAAGAAUCUUUGCAUCCAACAGCAGGAGUUCCUUGCUAUGUGUGCACUUGUGUUUGCCCACCCUCGAGAGGAACACUACCAACAAAUUAGGAUCUGUCCUUCCCCACGAUGUGUUUCCAUGGGAAAUUGGUUUCUUGACAUCUAUCGCCAUGCCUACAUGUUCCUUGGAAAGCUCCUUUUCCUGACACACGAGUUCCCGCUGCCUAAAGAGAUUUUUUGUGGAUCUGCCUGGACUUGUUUCUAUAUGUCUUGUAAAGAUGAUACUUAUUAUGCAGCGUCCCAACAGACAACACAAGAUGUUCUGUAUUGGGUCCAGGAGCAAAUGAACGCAGUGAUUAGUGAGAAACGUCACAUGAUUAAGCACAUCACAGAGGGAGUGUUCGAUUUUAAUGACAGAUUUUAAUCAAACUAAUCUUUUAACACAAAUUUUUGAUAGUGCUAUUAUGACAAGAUCAGCAGGUGACAAUGAUUUUUGUUUUUCAUGGCCAAAAAUCAUAUUUGGAUCUCUUGCAUGACACAAUGGAAGCAGUUUGUUCAUUAGUUAAUCUAUAAUCAAUGUAUUAACUGCAUGUCAAAGUGAAGUGUAGACUCUGUGAAAUACAGCUUGAAUAGUUUCAAAAGGAACUGUGCAAAACAGACAUUAAAGCAUUUUAUGGAGAGUUGUGAUGCCAUUGGUAAACGGAAAGACAAGAUUUCCUAAUAGUGUAUCAUUUUUACUGUUGUCUAAAGAAAUGCUUAAUAAAACCUUUAAAACAUGG